AUGGAUACUCAUGGAAAUGGGCAUGCUGGUGGUAGCAUCAACAAGGAAAUUAAUGGCGCCAUCAGCCAAGUAGGUGAUGGCGAUCAUGUGGGAGGUCCCGUUGUUUCAUCGGAUGCUUCUGUUAGUGUGGCCAGAAACGGAUUGAAGGAAUGUCUGGAAGCUGAGGAACACCCUCCCAAGGAGGAAGGGGGAGAGGGGAAGGAACAAGAGGCCGCGCCAGACGGGGGCUACGGCUGGGUCAUCGUGUUCAGCUGCUUCCUGUCUCACGUUUUGUUGGGUGGCCUGGGAAGAAAUGACGGUAUUUUCUUUCUACAAUUUCGCGAUCGUUAUGGGAAGAGUGCACAGCUCACAGCCUGGGUUCUCGCCCUUGUCACGUCCAUACGACUCUUGUUUGGCCCUGUGGCUAGCACUCUGUGCGGCCGCUUCAGCGCGAGAGCCACUGUCAUGGUGGGCGGGAUACAGAUCACUUUGGCGUGUCUGCUCACGGCGUACGCCCCGGACUUCUGGUUCCUGUUUUUCUCCCACACUGCACUUCAAGGUUUCGGCAGAGGCUUCAUGUACGCCCCGCCCCUCAUCAUGAUUGGUCAGUACUUCGACAAGAGGCGUGGUCUCAGCACGGGUGUGGGCACGUCCGGGGUAGGGGUGGGCACCUUCUUCCUGGUUCCCCUCACACAGCUGCUCUUUGACUUCUACGGCUUCCAGGGAGCCUUCCUGAUCCUAACCGCCAUAGUGACGAACAGCUUUGUGGUGGCCAUGUUGUUGCGGCCCCUGAGUCUGCACCGCAAGUUUGCCCGGGCGUUUGCCAGGUCAGACUAUGUGGGUCCUUGGCAGUUGCUCUAG